AACAAUCAAUAAAUUACACAAAACAAUUGUUGCUUUUUUGACAAUAUUAAAUUUAAAAUCUCAGAGCAGUUUCAGCUUUUCAGCUAGAGAUCUGUGAGAGCUUUUUACUCAAGCUAAAUUGGUUAAAUUUCAGCUGGGUAACAUGCUUAUCUUUAAACCUUUCUGUUUUUAAAUCCUGUGUGUCUGGUCCCUUCAUACUAAAGUGUAUUUUGCUUGUUUCUUCCCGUCGUCUUCAGUCUGAAGCCUUAUGUAGGUCAGGCUUGGCUUAAGCAGAUUUCCUGAACCUGCGUCAGCUUAAGCUGAAGGAAUUUUAAUAAACCCUCCCUUGUAGGCGUGGGCCUAAAUGAGACUAGCCUAGUUAAGCCUGAUCUUUUUCUGUUUGUGAAAAAGAGCUGAGCAGAGCUAGGGACUGCAUGGUGGUUUCAAAAACUGCCUCCUUAAUUCAGAGAUAACAAUGGUUGGGAAGGCCAGAUCUUCUAAUUUUACCUUAUCUGAAAAGCUUGAUUUGCUAAAACUUGUGAAGCCGUAUGUUAAAAUUCUUGAAGAACAUACCAAUAAGCAUUCAGUAAUAGUGGAAAAAAACAAAUGCUGGGAUAUCAUAGCCGAUAACUACAAUGCCAUCGGAGUAGAUCGUCCUCCUCGUACUGCACAGGGCCUGCGCACGCUGUACAAGAGGCUCAAAGAAUAUGCCAAACAGGAGCUAUUGCAGCAAAAGGAGACCCAUUCAGAUUAUAAAAGCAGCAUUUCUGAGCCAACCAAGAAAGUUGUGGAGAUGAUUCCACAGAUUUCCAGUGUGUGUUUAAGAGACAGGAGCAGUUUACAAAGCGCUAAUAUAGAUAAAGAAAUGGUUGCUGGUACCAGUUCCCCACAAGCAGUGUUGGAUCACCAUCCUGUCACAAUGGAGUUGGAACCAGAAGAGGAUGUCAAACCUCCUCCUUCCUUGGCUGUAGAUUCACAGCAGAGUGAGGACUUAGAACAAGGAGAAGAACACCAAUUGGUGCAUGUUAUGGAGAGAUCUCCUUCAACUUCACUGUCUUCUGUUGAUAUGAGAAUGAUGUUGUCUUCAUCUCCCAUCCCAAGAAGAGAUGAUUUUUUUAGGCUCGAGGUUGGAGAACGCUUUAGGCCAGCAUGUGGGUAUGAGCCACAGAUGUUGCAAAUGCUGAAAGAGGAGCAUCAGAUAAUCUUAGAAAAUCAAAGAAAAAUUGGGCUUUAUGUCCAAGAAAAGAGGGAUGGCUUGAAAAGAAAGCAGCAGUUGGAAGAGGAGCUACUGAAAGCAAAAAUCAAAGUAGAGAAGCUGAAGGCAAUAAGACUACGACGUGAUCUGCCAGAAUACAACAGUCUUUAAAUAUUUAUCAUCUCUGUCAUAUAAUCUGAGAUGUUUUAUUCUCUGAGAUACUUUAUAAUACAUUCUUUUUGCCUAGCAAAAUGAUUUUUUAUGUUAAUUUGGAUGGAUCAAAAUCUAGCCUUGAAAAAUGAAUGCAUGUUUUCCAUUUUGUUUAUGUACAUUAGCAAAAAUGUCAAAUGUCUUUCACAGGUUUGAGUCUUCUCAAUAUUUCUAGUCUGAAGUAUAACCAGAUGCUGUAGCUCUGUGUGUAAGAUAAAAAACUGCCUUUGGAAAUCUUCCACUGAUCUUUAUUAGAGCUGGAACAAGCUAAUGAAAAUUUAGACAGGUGUUCUUAAAGGUGUUGAUUUUAUGCUUUAUUCUUUUUUUAAAGCAAUUCUUAUCCUUUUUAAUAUUCUUUAUGAAGUUAUUUGAAGGUUAAUAAAUAUAUAUAGAGAGAAGAAAUAAA